AACUGCAUGCACAUUGGCGGAGCUAGUCAGCAGCUCAUCACUCCAGUAAAAUAUUUCCCCCGGCUGAUCCGGUAUAAAUACGCGGCGCCCGCGCCGGCCCUUUCGUGCGGUGCGGGCGAGCGAGCAAGAGGGAGCCCGGUGCCCGGAGGCGCAGCGCCACUCGCCAGCGGGCCAGCCAGCAGCCUCUAGCGCCUCCGCUCCCACCGGCAUCUGGGAUCGAUCGAUCGCGACCCAUGGAAAAAGAUGGUGGCGGCGGCGGGCUCGCCAGGGCGCUGCUGCUCCACGUCGCCGCGCUGUCCACCGCCGGCGCCGUCGCGGCCGUGGCCGCCCUGACGCGGCGCCGGAUCAGCAGGGGGGCCAAGAGCAAGGAGGAGGCGCCCGCGGCCAUGCCCGAAAUGCCCAGGCUCCGGGUGGCCCAGUCCGGCCGCUUGGAGGACCUCGAGAAGUUCUCGCACUACGUCGCGAGGCAGAUGGGGUUCAAGGACAUCAACGAGUGCCCGCAGCUCUGCAAAUUGGCCAACAACUACCUCAGGAGCAGCAAGAAUUGCAUGGAGGACAUCUACGGGUUCUUCGCGAAUGUCAAGGAUGCAGAGUCCCUCUAUGCCAAGUUCUUAGAGGAGCUGGACAGAUGCAUCCUGGGAUAUUUCGCGUUCCAUUGGGACCAUGCUACCUACCUCAUCAGCUCGGCCUUGACAGCGGACUGCGGUACCACAAGGAAGUUGAGGAACGUCUUCAUGGAAGCAACAAGGAAGCAGCGUUUCGAGCGCGUGACGCGCGACCUGAAGGUGACGCGCGUGUUCUCGACGCUGGUGGAGGAGAUGAAGGCGAUCGGCAUCGUCGCGGCGGCCGCCGGCGUCGGCGGCGGCGACGACGCGCGGUGCACGGACGUGAUGGCCCCCGUGGCGCACUCGGAGCGGAGCCCGGUGCUGCUGCUGAUGGGCGGCGGCAUGGGCGCCGGCAAGAGCACGGUGCUCAAGGAGAUCAGGGAGGAGGCGCUGUGGGCGACCGCGGGGGCGAACGCGGUGGUGGUGGAGGCGGACGCGUUCAAGGAGACGGACGUCAUCUACCGCGCCAUCAGCUCCAUGGGACACCACAACGACAUGCUCCAGACCGCCGAGCUCGUGCACCAGUCGUCGACGGACGCGGCGUCGUCGCUGCUGGUGACGGCGCUGAACGAGGGGCGGGACGUGAUCCUGGACGGCACCCUCUCGUGGGAGCCCUUCGUGGAGCAGACCAUCGCCAUGGCGCGGGCCGUGCACCGCCACCGCUACCGCAUGGGCCCCGGCUACAAGCCCGGGGACGACGCCGGCGCCGCCGCCACCGAGACCUACUGGGAGGUGGACGACGCCGACGGCGCGCCGCCGCCGGGGGCCCGGAGGCCCUACCGCAUCGAGGUCGUCGGGGUGGUCUGCGACGCCUACCUCGCCGUGGCCAGGGGCAUCAGGCGGGCCAUCGUCACCCGGCGCGCCGUCCGGGUCCGGUCCCAGCUCCAGUCCCACAAGCGCUUCGCCGCCGCGUUCCACAGGUACAGCCGCCUCGUCGACGGGGCCAGGCUCUACAGCACCAACUCCCUAGGAUCCGCGCAGCUGAUCGCGUGGAAGGACGGGCUCAACAGCAGCCUGCUUGUGGAGCCGCGGGAGAUCGACUGCCUGGACAAGGUGAGCAGGCUGAACGAGAAGGCCACCUCCGUGCACGACCUCUACCCCGACGGCACCACCACCUGCGGCUCCCGCUCCAUCUGGGAGGACAUGAUCGCCGCGCCGUCGCGCGCCGCCGCCCAGCGCCAGCUCCGGGAGGCCAUCCGCGCCAUCGAGGAGGCCGCCGCGAGCUGCGAGACCACCAAGACGGCGCGGUGCCACCUCCUGGAGGCCAUCUGCUCCGCCGAGGAGGCGGCGGCCGCCGCCGCCGCCGCCAACGGCACCGGCGAGCCGGAGACACAAACGGCUACUGCUGCUGCCUCGUAUCGACAAAUUUAACUGCGAAAAUGUCUGAGCAGCAUUGCAUGCAACAAUCAAAUUGAGGUGUCCGAAUGCUUUAUUAACUAAUUUGUUUGGAUAAAAUGCAGUGGAAUUCUUGAGUGCA